ACCGCGACUCGGCUCUCUCUCUCCUCCUCAGUCCUCACUAGUGCGCUAGGAACUAGUGAGGGAGGUGGAGGUGUAUGUGUAUGUGCGUGCGUCGACGUUUGUUUGUUUGUGAGGGCGUAACGAGGAGUCCCCCUGAGAGUUGAAGGAAAAUCCCUAGAUUUUUUUUAUAAACAAAUUUUCCCCCCCGAAGGAGGAUUCGAAGCAGCACCACCAUGAUGGCAGAGUCCCACACCACCAAGUCCGAGAUCUCGACCACGACGGUGACCACGACGUCGCCGACGUACUCCUCCCCGCAGAAGACGUCGGGCAUCUCCUUCUCCAUUCAGUACUUCAAGACGGGGCCGGGCAUCGUCAAGAUUAUUGAAUUGAUCAUUGGCAUCCUGUGCAUGGCCUGCGCUGCCCCUGCCUGGACCAGAGGAACUCACUGGUUCCUGUUCGUGGUGGUCACUGCCUUCGUCUCAACCUCACUGUGGUGUUUCAUUUACCUCCUCAACCUCAAAGGCGCCAUCAACCUCCCCAUUGACUGGCUACUCACCGAACUCAUUCUAACAGCUAUCUUUGCGGUGCUUUACAUAAUAGCUAGCAUUGUCCAGUUAAUCUGCACAGUUACAAGGCCCAGGCCCCCGAAACGGCUAAAGCCCUUCUACAUUUUGUCAGGGGUCUUUGGUGUUUUCAACAUGCUGGCAUAUGCCAUCGGAUCCUUCUAUCUGUACCGUGACUGGAAGGACUCUCACCCCCACUCAUCCUUCUCUGGAUCUGUGCUGAAGCGAAAUCCUUAAGACCCUUGUAGAGGGUUCCUUGCCUUACGAUAGCAAGCCGAGAUGUCUCUGUGGUCGAUUGACAGAGCAGAUUUGAAGAACAUAAAGACUCUUCAUCUACUGGCAAGCAUAUUAAUCCAUCUACUGUAAUAUUGUUAUACUUACAAACUACUGUACUCUACUCCAUAAGUCUCAAUGUCCUUCACAAAUGUCCAAUAUGAGGAUUAAUUACAAACUAAGAUUGUAUAAAAGAUAAUGACUUUGUUUCACUGAAAAUUCUUUUAAUGUUACUGAGAAUAUUUCUCCUCUAACUAUUCUGUAAUAACACUAGCCACUAGCUCAACCAUUCUUUAACCAAAGCAGUCUGAGAGCUCACGUUUCUGUAAGUGCCUUCAUUUUUGUCGUCCCUUCACAAUUCAGGAAAUUUAGAUUGCCUAGGGCUAGCCAUCAGAGUACAAGCCUACGUCACAUGUAUGAUAAUGAUGACGCCUUUAAGAUUUUAUACUGAUCUAUUUUGAGUAAAAUGUUCAUGCACUAGUCGAACUGUGCGGCCCUUUGGCCGGGCGUAAAAAUAUUUAGAGUUCUUGAUAGCUUUGGAAGAUUCAAAUCUUUAUAUAAGAAAGACUUAUUUUGUAACACAGUGAGGAGGAAAGAAUGUUUGGUCCAAAACCUGUAUAUUACAGGGUUUGGUGAUGACAUUUUUUCAUUAGACUAACGAUAGUUAUAGUCAGACUAUUGUAUGACCUGUUGAUAUAGGCUUUAAUGUAUAGUAUGUUUAUAGAUGAACAUUUUAUAAUAUCUUUUUUAUGAACUGCUUUAGACAGCACACACAAUCUAGCAUAAGAUACAUGUAUACAGUUUUCACUUGGUAAAAAGAUGCAGAUUUGUGAUACAUGUAAAUCUCGACAGGAUUAGAUCAGGUCAGUUCUUGUAUUACUAACGUCUAACAUAAUUUUACCCCGAUCUCGAUCUGUAUUCAGCAAGUGAUUAUUUUGAGUACUUUGGCAUGAUGUCAGUAUUCAGCAAGUGAUUAUUUUGAGUACUUUGGCAUGAUGUAUUUUGAGUACUUUGGCAUGAUGUCAUGCAGAUUUUUUUUAUUUACGACAUCUUCAACAGAAGUUUUUGGACCACAACUGUACAUCCAUCUAAAUGUCAGAUAAAUAAAGAAUAAAAAAGGAGUAAAGAUUAAAAUUCCUUGUGGAUUUCAUAGCAUUAAUAUUGGAACAAAGAUUUGAGAAAUUAUUUUGACUAAUUGAUUAAAUUUGCUCUUAUCAUCUAAACUCAUGUCUUAUCUUAGUUAUUUUUGGACCAGGAACAUCACUGCCAUACUCUGUGCAGUCUAACUUCUUGUUUUAUAUAUUAUAUAAUAGAUAUAUCAAUGAACAGCUGUCAAGUAACUGUUAAGUAUGAUUGUUUUCCAGCAAUGUUUUCAGAAUGUCCUUUUAAUUCAUGUGAUGCUUCGCUUCAGGUGUCAUGAUAGACAGUACGAGAUGGAGUCGUACAUUGUAUCCGUACUCUCCAGCAAUUAUUUCAGUGCUUUUCCACCUCUGAAAUUGUCAUGUAAUGUCAUGUUUCCGUUAUUUCAUGCUGUGUAAAUGGUGAUUGUGUAAGCCAUGUGAAAUGUAGGUAAAACCCAAGUGAAUAACAAAGAAUUGUGAUGAUAAAGGAAGCUGAAAAAGCACAAAUGGUUUUUCUAUAGUUUAUUGGACCAUACCUGGAGCUAUUUGUAAUUGCUACGAUAAGAUGAAAUGCAGUAACCGCAGCCAUCUUUGCAAGACAUGUUUUGAAGGUGCUCAUCAAACCAUUGUUUCGCCUCUUACGGAUUUUCAGUUGUAUGUUAGUAUAUUUCAUUGAGUUGGUUUGAAAAUUAUAAUUGCUAUGAGAAAUUUUUAACCUAUUUGGAAUCUCAGAUGUAUAAAUCCAACCGAAUUUUGCGUACCGGCAAUUUAAUAACUCAAAACAAAGUUUAUGAUGAUACACUGUCAACAAUGAAAACAAGUCUUGCAAAAAUUGGUCAUACUUCCUCCUGCUAGUUUGUUGAAACCCAUUGUGUUUGUCUCCCUUGUAAAUAUAUUCUAUGUUGCUAAAUCAAAAACAAAUGGACCUUUACAUUUUCAGAUAACCUAAAGCCAAAAUGUGUAUAUUCUCUACAGUGUCUUUGUGAAGUUAGAAUGUUUUGCAAAGUAAAGUUUUUCUGCCAAAUUCAGUCAAAUGUCAAAGGUCGGAAAAUGUAAUAAGCACGGAUAGUUUUGUUGUAAUUUGUGCUUGUAAAAAUAAUCUUACUGAAUUACCUGUGUUCAGUGCUUGACGAUGGUUAAUAAAAGAACAUUUUUUA